CGAAAAUAUGAGAGACAACCAAUGAGAGGCGAGGCCAGCAAUUGUUUUAGGACACCCUGUAUAGUCCAUCGAUGUCCUCGAUGAGUAAAGGGGAGAACCGCCGUGACUGGGACAUUUUUAUGAUAAAAUUAUAUCUGUCUUCAUAUCUAAUCGUGCGUAAUUUAUUCCUAAAGAAUAUAAACACAUUAACAACUUAUCUCUUAAAUAUAACGAGCUUGUUAUUAAACGAUAUAGAAUUUGACUUUUCGUGGCCACAGUGAAUCGGAAUUAUUUGUUGUGCUCUAUGGUACAGGCGUUUCGGAAGAUAAGUGCCAGAUUAAAAUGGUGACAGGUAUUUUUAUCAGAUUAGAUAGCUUCUAUAGAGCACCGUUUCAAAACUCAGUCUUGUACGCGGCGAAACGGAGAACGGCGUGUUAAAAUGAAGGAAAUUCGUUCGGGCGUACUUUUGAUCGCGAUCGCUUGUGGCGCGACUUUAAUAUUAGCUUUCGAUGACAAUGCGCCGUACUGCUUUCAAUUCAGAUGGCUAGUAGCGGCGGAGUUCAACAACGAGUCUGAAAGGUACAAUUGUUCCGGACAGAGGGGCGUUCCUUGCAUCGAACCGGCAUAUAUGCAAAGAGAAUUUCCGAACACGACUGAAAUCUGGGCGGAUCGUUACACCGACCAAUCAUCCUUGUGUAAUUUAGAAGCUGGCGCCGUUUGUUUAAAAUAUACCGUAUCCUUCAACAACGAGUUGGUGAACGCAUCUGUAUUUUGUGGCAAAGUAGUAGAGGAUCGGGUUACGGUCAUAACGUCGGGAUGUUACCAGCAAAAGAAAGAUGGUCACACGAUCGAGCUCUGCGCUUGCCAGUCGAGAAGAGGAGCAGAGCCUUGCAACGCGUCGAAUACAAUAAGUUCCAAUUUUCUCUCGCUGAUCGUUUUCUUAUUCGUGCUCGCGUGCAUCAAUUACUGAAUGUUCGUCGACGUAAAUUUAAGUCGAAGCUGGAGUUCGCAAACGGGAGCUCGAAAUUCUUCCCGGAAUCGUAGGUAUUUGCGGGCUGGGAAGCUCCGUUGUCACCGGGUAAACCGAGACACCGUGUGAAACCUUAAGAACCGCAGGAGAGAACCUUCUGCGAGCCCUUUGGUGAUCCGUGAAAGCACAGUCGGAUAGAUACUCGAAUAAAUAGAAUUAAAGUACAA